CUCACUCUCACUCUUGAUCUCUCUCCCUCAAAAACACCCUCCUCUCACUCCUGCUCAUAGAGAGUUGAUCAGCAAGUGAUGUUUUCAUAAAUUGCCCUUGUACUAAACAUAUUUUCCAAGUCACUUCUCACUUCUCUCAUUGUUCUCCGGUUUCAUCCGCAUUGCCGCCGAAUUCUCUUCCUCUCCUCGUACUUCCUCUGCCUCUCAAUCUUCUCUUAUUUUCUUUCUCUUUCUCGGCCAAUUCUGUGAUCUAUCCUGGAUUCAUGUUUUAAACGUGCCUUAAUAGCCCCCAUCAUUGAAAUGUCAUCACCAAACCUUUGUCUCAAUUACUUUCUGUGAAUAUUUUAUGUAUGAUCUUUUCUUUUUUUUUGUUUCACUAAAAAAAUUAAAAUUUAUUGGCGUGCUUGAGAGCUUUGUUUGGGUUUGGUUUGUGUGAUUGAAUUUGAAUUUGUUUGCGUAGACAAUGGCGGAGGUGGCGAAAGUUCUGUACAUAGUGGUGGAGGAUGAAGAAGACAAGAGAGAGAAAGGUAAAGAGUCCUUUUGGUACACGAGUCCGGUUCUGCAGAGCACUCUGCAGCUCAUGGGAUGUAAAGCGCGACAUGUGUUUAAGGAAGCUAAAAGGAGCAUAGGAGGAAAAUCAAAGCAUUCCCAGUGGAGAAAUUAUGAUGAUUUGAAUGAAUACUUUUGGUCAGUUGAUUGUUUUCGGCUAGGUUGGCCCAUGCGUGCUGAUGCUGAAUUCUUUUGCCAACCUCUAGAACAGCUUCGACUUGACAAAAAUGUGAUAACAAAUUAUUGCUGAGGGUGUUCUCUUAUUAGAUGUGACAGCUUCUGGAAUAAGGGCUUAUUAAACAUGGUUGAGACACCAACUCUUGACACUAAUUAUUGAGAGGGUGUA